AUGCACUCAUCACUUUCGUUGCUCAUCGCCGCCCUUGCUGGCACUUCUGUGGCACUUCCAUAUGCCGAGAAUUGGGGCAACGGCACGACUACCAGUACCACCACCACGGCCAUAACCACCACUUCUUCGACCACAUCAUUGUAUUCGACCUCAAGCUCUUCUUCGGUUUCAUCCAGCAGCUCAUCCAGCACAAGCACAUCCACAACAACCAAGUGGGGUACUAGCUCGAGCUCAAGCUCCACCACUUCUCCAUCCACCUCAAGCUCAAGCUCUACCACCAAAUGGACCAGCUCGACGUCAGUGCCUUCGACAUCGACCACCAAGUCAACCAGCUCUUCUAGUACUUCUAGCAGCUCGAGCUCAACUACCAGCAAGCCCCAUACCAAGUGGACCAGCACAACUGUCUCCAGUACAACCGCCAAGCCUACAACUACCGACAUCUGGACGACCAUCACUGUCACUGACUGGAUUACUAAGACAUCAUUUGUGCCUUGCUCUACUGCUAUUGCAACUCAAUCUGGAACCACCUACUACUCCACUUGGUUGACCACUCAGUAUUUCACUACCACGACUUGCUAUCCUGUUGCAACUCACUAUCCUCAUCCACCUCCAGUCACAACCAUUAAGCCAACAACCACCGUUGCUCCUCCCCCACCUGUCACCGUCAUUCCUCCUCCACCAGUCAACACUUGCCCAGUUGUAACAAAAACCGUGACUGUCACCGUCAAUCAACCAGCACCAACUGGGUCUGGGUCUGGAACAUACUAUCCUCCUGGUCAAUGCCAUCAAUGUCAAACUAUCACUUAUGUUGACGUUUGGGGAUACGUUGUAACUAUUGCUAUUCCAGCUCCUCCAAAGCCCACCACAAGUACCACCAGCAGCGUGGUCAUCACCACCACCACUACUAAGCCACAUCACAGCAGCUCCACUGCCAGCUCUACAAAGUCCACGAGCGCAACUUCGUCUACCAAGAGCAGCUCCUCCAGCUCCACUUCCACAUCAUCCAGCUGGACUACCAAGAGCACCAGCACCAGUGCCAGCUCUACUUCUACUUCUGCCAGCUCAACAAAGACUACCAGUACCGCGAGCUCAACAUCAACCUCGUCCUGGGGUCCUAGCUCGACGUCAACCUCGUCCUGGGGUCCAAGCUCGACGUCAACCUCGUCAUGGGGUCCCAGCUCGACAACUACCACAGCUGCAACCACUACCAGUGUCGCCACCACGACAAGCGCAGCUAGUAAUCAACAGCCAACAACAUGGGCCAAGUUCUAA